GAUCAAUGUCCGAUGCGACGCGCCCCUGCAUCACAAUUAGAUUAGGCCAGGCUUGGCCCGGGCUGAAUGAACUUGCUUGUUGCCCUAGCCGCCCGUAGCCAUCUUCUGGAUCGCCUCCGUACCAUCGCCGACUUCGCUCACUCCGGCUGGGUAGAUGUCUCAAACAAAAGAAGUGAAGUAUACCUCCCGAUCAGUGACACCUCCACGAAAUAGACACAGCAAAUCAAUCUCACCAUCUAGAUCAAGGUCAAGGAGUCGCUCCAGGAGCCAAGAUUCUGCAGGUGUUGGUAAUCCAGGAAAUAACUUAUAUGUAACGGGCUUAUCCACACGAGUCAACAACAGUGAUCUUGAAAAAUACUUCAACAAGGAAGGGAAGGUUCUGGAAUGCAAUGUCAUUGUGGACCCUCGCACCAGGGAAUCUCGUGGUUUUGCCUUUGUCACGAUGGAGACUUUGGAAGAUGCUAAUCGCUGUGUUAAGUACCUACAUCAUUCUGUUCUUGAAGGCCGCUUAAUCACAGUGGAGAAGGCAAAAAGAAAGCGUGGAAGGACACCAACACCUGGAAAGUAUCGUGGUGCUAGAGAUAGAAGAGGUCAUGAUAGGAGGCGCUCCCGCAGCCGUUCUCCAUACUUGUCACGUCAUAGGGAUCGCUCUCGUUCUCGCUCCCGUUCUCGUUCAAGGCGUGGGCGUGAUCGAUCCUCCUCACCAUAUGCACGGGACUCUCAAAAAAGGCACAGGGACUAAGGUGCAAUCUUUGUCCCAUAUCAGUGACAACAACCACAAAUCUGAUUAGGAACACUGUAUGCAGAAGUUACUAUUUGGACUUUGAGAAUGCUCAGAAUUCACGUGUUGCUGUGAUAACUUAAUGUGAACUAGUUAAACCAUCUGCUUUGCUAUGUUCGAUUGAUUCUCAACUUUGCGUUAAAAUGUUGUGCAUUGUUUAGUCAUUAAAAACAUGAAUUGUAAUUACUAAUUUAAGUGUGUUUUUUAGUGGAUGACAUGCAUAAUGUGUCUGAUAAA